AUGUCUCGAUCCGUAACUACCAACAUCUUUAGACUACCCAAUAUUAGCUCACGCAUCGCGGCGAGCUCUAGACCAGCUGUCCCAAAGAUACUCAUCAUGACCAAUAAUAACAGAGCUCUCAACUCGCAGUCCAUCUCCGAAAUCACAGCCAGGGAGAAGGAACUCACGGGUCAAGACCGACCUGUGGCCGGCGGUCCAACGGCUCAAGCGCAAAAACACGCCAACCAGCCCGUCUCCUCCGACGUGGUAUCCGACGUCACGCAGGGAGAGAAAAGAGUAACAGGCCGUGGCGUUCCCGUAUCAGGCGGUCCCGCAGCCCACGCUCAAAGCAUUGCCUCCUCCACGGCCAAUCCCGCCCCGCAACACACCGGAAAACUGGACUCGCACACCAUAUCCGCAAUCCACAGCGCGGAGAAGAAACUGACGGGCCAAGACCAGCCCGUAAAGGGGGGUCCCACGGCGCAGGCCCAGAGUCACGCUAAUGAGCCUAUAAACAGUCAGAAUCUCCACGAUAUCACUGAGGGAGAAAAGCAGGUUACAGGGGGCCAGAGAGUCAAGGGAGGCCCGACUGCUACGGCGCAGAGCGAACUGGUUAAGAGUCGAUCUUAA